CCCGCCUCUCAACAAUCGAAUCAUGUUCUCAGCCAAGAGCUCUGCAAUUGUGGCCGUAGUCCUCGCCCAGCUGGUGGCUCUUAUCCAGGGAGGAGUCUACAGCUAUGAGGACAAGUGGGUGUACCUGGACAAGACCCUGGACCUUCCAGAGGAAGCGAUUCUCGGUGGCAUCGAUCCCGAUGGUUACUACACCUACGUGGGUCGUGUCACAUACAGCAGUAACAUUCUGCCAGCCCGAGUGGUUCCGGAACUGGGAAAGGCCACCUACAACACCGACACCUUGGGCAACCAGGCCACCACCUACGAGGUGCUGGUGUCCAACGCCACUGUAGGCUACCAUUGGAUCCGAAGUUUCGAUGGUUUCCGGGAGAAGAACGCCGUAUCUGUGGGAACCAACGCAUCCAGUGAGCGUGUCUUUAUCUGCCGUGUCCGCUGUGAUGAAUCCAUCUUUAUCGGCACUUUGUACCUUGCCAAGCGGAUGUGCAUCGUCAAGUACGACAACUUCCCGCUCCGGCAGUUCGACAAGUACGAGAUCCUCGUCCGCGAACGUCGUGUAGCUGCCAUCUCCCCAUUUGAUGAUUUUUAUAUACAACAUUAAAUGCUGAGCAACAAAAUAAAUACAAUCAAAUAUAUA